AGUCCAGUGUAUAUGUCGAUGCCUUCUCUCUUAUCGAAUAAACAAAGACUACAUCUCGAUUCUUCGGAGUUAUUUCAAUAACUUUGUAUUCGGAAUAAGAAUAUUCAUAAAGGAAUUUCGGUGAAAGUAAAACGUGAUUUUUCAAACAAUGGAGCCCUUCAUACAACGCAUGUUGGGACGAGCUGCAGCACAGACAGAGAAAUUGAACGAACAAUUAAUUAAUGCAGGACAUGAUAUUAAAAAAAAGAAUCCUUUGAAAGAAAAUAUUCAACAAAUAACAGAGGAUAAUACUCUUGGAUCCUCAAUACAUAGGACUGAAGAGAAAUUCAAUGCAGAAGAAAUUGAUAUAGAACAUAAAUCGAUUAAAAGAGGUGCUAGACUUGAUCGAUUAGCAGCUUUAGCUUCAAUUAACAAUUGGGAAGAUAAUUUAUCGCAUCCAAUAUUAAAUUCAAAGAGAUCUAUAGAACCAGAUGGCAUUAUAUCGGAUAUUUUAGCACAAGAUGAAAUGAAUGAAUAUUUGGAUAAGUGUCUAGACAUGGAAGAUACUCUUAAUGAGAAAAUUGAAACUGAAAGUGAUCAUCGAAUAAUCACCGAUUAUACUCAGAAUGAUGAAAAUUAUCAAGAGACGAGUGAAAGUGAUCGAGAAAGCACACAGAAUUCAUCUUUCGGACGUACGAGUUUAGAACGUAUUGUUUUGAAUGUGUUCAACAAACGCUCCUCAUUUAAUAAAAAGAACUUUACAGGAUAUUUAGAUAGCACUACAUCAGAUAUUUCAACAUUAGAUGAAAUGGAGCAAAAUUUGGACGAAUAUCUCGACAUGGAAGAUAAUGUGAAAGAGGAAAGUUCAGCAUCACCGAAAAUAAAUAAAAGUGUCACAUGUCCAUUGGUGGCAUGUAAUAGUUUCAAAUACAUAGAUUAUAGACAUCAUUCACCUUCAAAAGAGAGUUCAAAGAAUGAUAGUAGCAAAUGCAUACCAUUAGUACGCACUGUUAGUGAAUAUAGACUAGAGCAAUCUCAGUUGACCAAAACUUAUUCAGUUACAAAAUCAGAAACGGAAUCAAAUCUAGAUUCUGAUGUAGAUAAAUGUGAAGAUGAAUUAAUGUUAGUGGAAAAUAAAGUGAAAAAAUUAAUGGACGAAGUUGUCAUACAAGACAAGAAAAUGGAAGAAGCUAGUAAAGCAUUAAAUUUAUGCAAAGCUAGCAUAGAAUUUAAUGGCUCUAGUGAAUAUGUCGGAGGCGAAUGGGCUCUUCUUGUUGCCACUCGUAAACGACAAAUUGCAUUGAAUGAAGUGCAGAGACUAAAGCGGGAAGGUACGCUAAGACCUACCAACACAGAGUCACCAGGUGGAAUCUUAUCAAUUUCAGCAAUUACAUUAUCAUUAAAACCAGAAUAUAAGGAUCUUGAUAAAUAUCUUUACUGUGUCUGCUUGAUGUAUCAUUUGGAUGAAAUGGUUAGCACUCAAGCAGCUACUGCAGAACCAGGCGAUUCAUGCAUUCGUUUCACUUCAAUGUUAAAAUUUGAGAAUUUGACUAGUGACUUUAAAAUUAAUAUUGAAGUAUAUUCCUUGCAGACACAGCCAAAAUUUUUGCCACAUGAAAAAAAAUACCAUAUCAAUCUUCAUAACAUAAAAACGAUAAAUAAGACGCCAAAGAAAAAAAGUCAAUUUGUAAUGCCGGAUAUACAGAAUCCAGCUGGACCGCACGUAAUCAGAUCGCCUUCUUUUGAAUUAUCUGGAACUGCGACUAUUACGAUCAAUGAUAUAAAUUGUGAACAAUUCACUUUAUAUGAGACUUCGCAGCAUGCUCCUCUGGAAAGACUUCUACAAAUGCAUGUAUCGCGCAAGCUUUCGAUAUCGGUAGAGCAUCGUGGAUUCUUGACACUUUUUGAGGAAAUUUCUAACUUAGGAGCCUGGAGUCGAAGAUGGUGCUGGCUUAAAAACACUAGACUUUAUUUUUGGAUACAUCCUGAAGACGAACACAAGAAAAGUCCGAUAACAUAUUUAGACUUAGAAGAUAUAUUUACGAAGAAUGUACAAUUCGUAAAUCGAGAGAAAUGCGCUCGUCCCUUUACAUUUGUAUUGGAGACAUCUAGACCAGCGCAACCCGGAGAUGAUAACAAUCUCAUUAUGAAGACGAAUGGGAUUGAAACCACAAUACAGCACUUUUUAUUAGCUGACACAAAAGAAGAAGGAUUACAAUGGAUGUCGAAAUUGAAUAAAACUCUAAGUUUAAUUAGAGCUUGGGGAUUAUUUAGAAAUCCAGUUUAAACUUGUUAUUCCCGAGCAAUGUAUUCAGAUUUGAUGCAACUCGAACAAGGCCAUGGUCAUGCAAGGUGCAAGAUGCACUCUCUCAGUCGACCCGAUCAAAAAUGUGAAAGCCAAAAACUCAUGAUACCAGGAGAUUCCGGCAACGAAUGGCGAUUUCAUUGGCCAGAGGCGACAGACAUAUUAUACGAAGAUGCGACGGCAAAACGCUUGAGGAGGAGAAGACCUCCAACUCCAGGAGACCUAUCGGUCUCUUUUCCGUUGAUGAUGCACUUGGAUUUCGAAUCAGAUGCGUGAUAAUAAGUGAGAGAUGAAGAGCGAAAGAUGAAGAAGAACAU